AACACACUCGCUGGCUAUAAACUGCGUCAAGCCUAAUUUUGGCUGUGUUCUGGUGUGUUACCACCGGGUAUAAUGCACAGCAGCUUGGAAGUGUCUGACAAAUUUUGUUGGGCGUUUUUAUAAGAAAUAAGCAAAUAAGUGACAAAGAGGGAUGUGAAGUUAUUGUUUGUUGAAAAUUUUGUUUUCAUGGAGUGCAUGCCAGCAUGGGUUGCUGGCAGUUCUGGGCAUGCAGGGACAAGGAAAGGUGACCAAGGGCCACAGCAGAGCUGGGGUGAGGAUGGAGGCAGAGGAGGCUGGCAGCCCAGCAGAAUCUCCUAGAGUAACGUGGAGGUAGCAAGCGAGGGGCUGCAGUUUGCAGAGACCCUGGGAUAUGGUUGAAAUGAUGCCUUGGGAGACACAGUGGAGCAUUCUAAUGUGCUACUGAUGUUUUUGGUCUUGAUUCUAUUUGGUUUUAUUCCAAAUGUCAUGACUGGUACGUCCCAUCUGGUCUCUUCUUAUUUUCCAGAGUUUGGAGCAUGUGGGGAGCUGCCAGAGUAAUUGCUAUUAUUGUCAUUUCUGCUUCCUCAGGUGUGAAGGUCUUAUAUGGCUUUAUGUUUUUGAUGUUUCUUGAGUUGGUGUUCAUGUAGGAAUUUCUAUACAGUGACACUAGUGUAAACUGAAUGAUUAUAUAGGUCUUUUUAUGGAGUGGUCUCUUUACUCCUCUACACAUAGAGGCCAUAAAUGUACACAGGUCUGUGCUUCUGACUGAAGGUUGUGAACUGCUGCAUCUUAUGACAGUGGUUUGUGGUGGAUUCUUAGUGCAGCAACUCUGUAUCAUAGUGCUUUCACUGUGCUUCUCUGCAGAUGGUGGACUUUACCAUAUUACUAUAUUUUCAUAUGACCCAGUAGUCUUCUUUUUUUCUGAGGACACACUCAGCCAUCACUCCUUUUUAAGUGCAGUCACAUAACCUUAGUUGCCCCUGCUUUCUGAGGCCUUGUGACUGGUGACUUUUAUAGCUUUUCACAAAUGGAUAAAAUGGAGUUGCUCAGAAAUCCCCAGUAGACAAAAUAAUAUCUCAAGUCCCAUGUUGUUGAGUAGAUGUAGUUACUGGCAGGCUGCAUGAGAUGUUCAGCCAAGACAAUUCAAGUGGGUUUGUGAGUACCCAAAUGCCUGUAUAGGUGUUUCCUGAUGCAUGCAGGCCAGUCAAAUGCUCUGCUGCUACAUAAGCAAAUGAUGGUGUGAGUGGCUGGGUUGUGAUGUGGUUCCUGUGGUGGACUGGAGCUGUAAUUCAGCAGCUGAGAGACCUGGAUUCAAUUCUGCACUGCACCACAGACUUCCCAUCUGACUGGGGCCCAACUCCUUAUUCUGUCUGGGGUGAUUGUGUUGCGCAACACAGCGUUGUACAGAAUCCCCAGGGAACUCUUCAGCCCUGCUGAGAACACAGGCUCCUAAAGCCGUGUUUGGUGACCCUGUCUGCCUGCUCUGGACCCAGAAGACCGCAGAGCAUUUGAAGCUAACAGAGGAUUGCUAGUACAGCACUGAGGUGUGCAGUAUGGGCAGACCCUCUUCCUCUCACAUCUGCUGUAGCUUGAUCUGCUUCCCCAGUAGGUCUGAGUGUAAAUAGGCUAGUGACUGUGAGGUGCAGUCACAGUGGCAAAGGCCACCAAGAUGUGUGGAGUUAUAUCAUUUUGUCCCUACGCUGCAUAGGACUCCACAAGCAUCUGAUAGAUAGUUCAUGGAGUAUGUGUCGUAGAAUCUUCAGCAGGACUUCAGGUAGAGCCUUGUCCUCCUGAUUCUUUCUUAUGUGGCUCACUACAAGACCUUCUUGCUUGUGAGUGAAGGUAAUUUAAGUGACCUUCUGUGGGGCUGAGUUUUCACUCCCAGUAGCUCUGUGUUUGUGAAGGGAGCUUGCAUUUUCCUGGGGAAUGAACAAUGCCUGACUGUAGGUGUGUUAGGAACUCCUAUCUGUGCCUUAUCUGACUCUGAAAAGGCAAACACAAAACUUCAGCUGUUAUUUGCCUUCAUGCUUUUAAGAUAGCACAACCUUGAAAGUAGUGUCUGAGCUUUUUGCAUUUGAAUUGCCAACCUUAACAUUAACAAAUACUGUUUUUCAAAUGUGAAGUAAAUCCUACCUUUUUCUCUCCUCUUCCUACUUUCUUGUCCCUACCCCAUGCCCCAGCUCCACCUAUUUUCUUCUGUCCUGGGGUUUCAGCUGUUUUUAAUAAGAUCUGCAUCAAGAUGGAGUCCGAAAGAGUCAAGAGACAAAGUGGGGAGAAGUGCUUGACCACUUGGAGGCUGGUGGCACAGGCUGUGGUAAUGCAGUGUGGAGAGAGCGGUGGCUCCCUUGCUUAUUUCCAACUGAGGAGACAUUAUGAGGAUGGACCAUCGAAAGUGUCAGCUCCCACGGGAAACACUUGGGAUCAAAACACCACUCUUCAGAACACAGAGAGAAUUUCUUGGCUUCCUGUCCUUUGUACCUAGGACAGCUACUCCUAGUAGAUAUAAAAUUCAGGCAGAUUCAGGCUAGCAUCUCAGCAGAGAGGAUUGUUUUGCUAAAUGCUUAAAUAAUCAACUCACAAACAAGAGCAUUUGCAGGAGUGCACAUUGUGAUACACAUUAUACUCUGCUUCUUGCUGGCAGGACAGUACCCUGCAAUCAUGCUUGCAUAAUGUUUGCUGACUCUGAAACUUUUUCUGUAUGUAAAAAAUCACUAAAACCCCAUUUUCAGCAUCGUAUGCCAGAUGCUAGCGUGUGUCUGAAUGGCCGAGUUCUUGUCUUUUUACAACAUGUUGCAAAAUUGAUUCCGACUGAAGCACAGAGUUUACAGCAAUUUAGAAGAGUGAAGGCUGUAUCUGAUGAAGCCCCCACCCAAGUCAUCAUUUCGAGAUGCUCCUGCCCUGGUCUGUGCCUUUAGAAGCGUGACGCUCGUCGGUGCCUGAGUGCAGCCUGCUGUGGGACGGGCAAUAUAAUCAGGCAGCCAAGAUGGUGGCAUUUAACUGGAAGGCUUUGGAGACUUUCCCAUUGCUGAUGUACAUUUUGGCAGCUAAAACAUUGAUCCUUUGCUUAGCGUUUGCUGGAGUAAAAAUGUACCAAAGCAAAAAAAUUGAAGAGAAGCUGAAGAGGGAACGGGAAGAGAAAUUGAAAAGAGAAGCAGAGAAGAAGGGUGAUUGAAGAGUCUCUCAGCACUUCCUAGAUCCUUGUAUCUUCUGGAAGUUAAGAUGGACCUGAAAUCUGCCAGUGGAGUGGGGACAGGAAGAAAGAAGAGAGAUGGAAGAGCCCUUGCAGAAGCCUUGUGAAUCCAGCAGAACGUGGGAGGCCCCUGGGGUGGCUUACUCCUGCCCUCUCCCUGUGGCUGCAGGCUGAGUUGCCUGCUGUAAUUGCACCAGCACAUGCUGCUGCCAUAUCCUCGCAAGUGCUACCUGACUGAGUUUGUGUGCAGCAGAUGUGGCUGAUCCUCAGGGAGCUUUGCCUGUGGUAGUUACUCACCGGGAGCUGCAGUGAUUUUUCAAGUCUCAUUGUUCAUGCAGUCACCUUGGUGACUGAGGAAUAUAAGCAUCACAGAAUCCUGUUCCUGGGAUAGAGCAACAUCCUUGCUACAGUGGCCUCGGGGCUGCUAGGCUCAGACAUUCCUAGUGCCAUUACAAAACAGCAGUUUCCUCCUACAACCUCAGCAGUCAUCUGUCUGUGCAAAGGUGGGAUUGAAUGGUAAUUUAAUUAAAUGGCUCUGCGAUGUUCAGUGAGAACAGACUCUGCUAACCACCUCCAUUAAACAGCUGUUUAGGGAAAUGCACUGUGGUGCUCAGCUAAGCCACAUGCCUAAACCUUAAGAGGAAAUUGUAAGGCUUGUGUAGUCUCCACCAGCUUCAAAAGUAAGUAAAGUCUUGGCUUGAUGCAUGCCUUUGAAUAUUGACCCCAAACUAGAUGGUUUUUAGACUUUCAACUGAG